AUGUCGUCGGGCCUCCGCGCCGCCGACUUCCCCCGCUGGAAGCGCCACAUUUCGGAGGAGCUGAGGCGGCGGGACCGGCUGCAGAGGCAGGCAUUUGAAGAGAUCAUCCUGCAGUAUAACAAGUUGCUAGAAAAGUCAGAUCUUCAUUCAGUGCUGGCCCAUAAGCUACAAGCUGAAAAGCAUGACGUCCCCAACAGGCAUGAGAUAAGUCCUGGCCACGACGGUGCAUGGAAUGAUAGUCAGCUACAAGAAAUGGCCCAGCUGAGGAUUAAACACCAAGAAGAACUGACUGAAUUACACAAGAAACGUGGGGAGUUAGCUCAGUUGGUGAUUGACCUGAAUAACCAAAUGCAGCAGAAGGAUAGGGAGAUGCAGAUGAAUGAAGCAAAAAUCGCAGAGUGCUUGCAGACCAUCUCUGACCUGGAGACGGAGUGCCAAGAACUGCGUGGUAAGCUUCAGGACCUCGAAAGAGCCAACCAGACCCUGAAGGAUGAGUAUGAUGCCCUGCAGAUCACGUUUACUGCCUUGGAGGAGAAACUGAGGAAAACUACUGAAGAGAACCAGGAGCUGGUCACCAGAUGGAUGGCCGAGAAAGCCCAGGAAGCCAACCGCCUCAAUGCAGAGAAUGAGAAGGAUUCAAGGCGGCGGCAAGCCCGGCUGCAGAAAGAGCUUGCAGAAGCGGCAAAGGAACCUCUACCCGUUGAACAGGAUGAUGACAUUGAAGUCAUCGUGGAUGAAACCUCUGAUCACGCCGAGGAGACUUCUCCUGUGCGAGCCAUCAGCAGAGCGGCCACUAAGCGACUCUCGCAGCCUGCUGGAGGCCUUCUGGAUUCUAUCACUAAUAUCUUUGGUCUGUCUGAGUCUCCCCUUCUGGGACAUCACUCUUCUGAUGCUGCCAGGAGGCGCUCUGUCUCUUCCUUUCCAGUUCCCCAGGAUAACGUGGAUACUCAUCCUGGUUCUAGUAAAGAAGUGAGGGUGCCAACGACCGCCAUAUGUGUCUUUGACGCUCAUGAUGGGGAAGUCAACGCUGUGCAGUUCAGUCCAGGCUCCCGGUUGCUGGCCACAGGAGGCAUGGAUCGGAGAGUUAAGCUUUGGGAAGUGUUUGGAGAUAAAUGUGAGUUCAAGGGCUCCCUGUCCGGCAGUAAUGCAGGAAUUACAAGCAUUGAAUUUGACAGUGCUGGAUCUUACCUCUUAGCAGCUUCAAAUGAUUUUGCAAGUCGAAUCUGGACUGUGGAUGAUUAUCGGUUACGGCACACGCUCACAGGACACAGCGGCAAAGUGCUGUCUGCCAAGUUCCUGCUGGACAACGCGCGCAUUGUUUCCGGAAGUCAUGACCGGACCCUCAAGCUCUGGGAUCUCCGCAGCAAAGUCUGCAUAAAGACCGUGUUUGCAGGAUCCAGCUGCAACGAUAUCGUCUGCACAGAGCAGUGUGUGAUGAGUGGACACUUCGACAAGAAAAUUCGUUUCUGGGACAUCCGAUCGGAGAGCAUCGUCCGGGAGAUGGAGCUGCUGGGCAAGGUCACUGCCCUGGACUUAAACCCGGAGAGAACUGAACUCCUCAGCUGCUCUCGCGAUGAUCUUCUAAAAAUCAUCGAUCUUCGAGUAAACGCCGUCAGACAGACGUUUAGCGCCCCUGGGUUCAAGUGCGGCUCUGAUUGGACCAGAGUUGUGUUCAGCCCUGACGGUGGUUACGUGGCAGCGGGCUCGGCUGAGGGCUCCCUCUACGUCUGGAGCGUGCUCUCGGGGAAAGUGGAGAAGGUCCUUUCAAAGCAGCAUGGCUCGUCCAUCAAUGCAGUGGCGUGGUCCCCCUCCGGCUCCCACGUGGUCAGUGUGGACAAAGGAAGCAAAGCUGUGCUGUGGUCAGAAUAUUGA